AUGGACGAGCGAGAGUUCAAUGCUCUAGGCGACCUUGCCCUGAUUGUCACCUUCAUCCCGUCUCUCUCUUCAACAGUGCCGUUACCUGCUUUCAGCAACAAGAAGGGGCGGUCUUUCAUUACGGCUUUUCAUGCAGUCGAGGAGGUCGACAACUUACUGGAGCCAGGGAUGGCCAAUGGCGCCCUCAAAUCAUUCGAUGAAUAUGUUGUGGAGACGAGGGGCACCAAGCUUGGCUUUCUAUACCAAGACUUGGUGGACGAUUGUGUUUCCAAGAUCCACGAACCACAAUCAGCAAUCACACGCAUUCGAGAGGAGCCCGUCCAGUCCCAGCAAAUAUUCAAGGUCAAGGGGUCCACCUUCGCUGCCUUUUCGACGCUAUUCUCAAAGUCCACCGUAGCCCGUGGCUCAAUCACCUGGGACGCUUUUACGGCGGCUAUGGCUGACCUGAAGUUCUCGACCAUCCAGAAGUCUGGAUCCGUUGUUACUUUCAGUCCUUGUGAAAAGGAAACUGGACAGAAGGACGUGACUAUUCAUCGCCCACACCAGUCGCGUAUCGAAGGUGUGAAGCUCUUGCAGAUUUCGAGGCGCUUGGAGCGGGUUCUUGGAUGGGGCGAGAAUACGUUUACAACGGACUAG